AUGGAUAUAUGUGGAAAUGUUUUGGUUUCUAAAGACAUACUCAAUUUUGCGCUCAAAUGUCUAUAUUGUGAAACAGAUAUAGAAGAAUGGGACGCCUUUGUUAAUCAUAUACAAAGUUUGCACAACACAAACUAUGAAGAGCCUUGUAUAGAUCCACUAGUGGAAUUGGAUUAUAAAGAAAACAUCGUAGUUGGAUUGAUAAAAGAUGAAACUAUGACUGAAAUCGACACAACUGAAUUUGCGGGUAAUGACUCCGAUAUGAAAAUGGAAUUGCAGUCAGAUGGAGAAUUUGUUAAAUCCGAGCAUGACGACUCUACCGCCUCGGAUGUGGACCAAAGUCAAGAUAAUGAUGCAAAUUAUGUUGACACCGAUACAGAUUCCCCUGAUGAAGAUGGCAAAAAAGAUUUGGCGAACAACAAAAAAUUUAAUCCAACAUUUUAUAGGCGUAACACUAGCACAACUAUUUUCAUUGAACUUUAUAAAAAAGCUACAUGUUUAUGGGAUCCCAGCGAUGAUCAUUAUAACAAUAGUGUAGCACGGGAAAAUUGUCAAAAAGAAAUUAUUGAAGAAAUGAAAAAGCGCUGUCAAGUUAUAUUAACUGAUCAAACAGUGAAAAGUUGCUUCCGCAAAGUGCACAUGCAAUACCAGGCAACACAUCAAGCAAAACAAAAAAAGACAAAGUCGAAAACUAAAAAAUUACCAGGUAUUGUGAUGGAUUAUUAUCAAAAAUGUUCCUUUUUGUCUGUGGCGAAAGACGAUCUUGUCAAAGAAGUAGAGGAGACACCAAUCACAAAUACCAACUUAAGCUUUGCCAAACUAAAUCCGGUAACUGAAACCUUCAUUGAAACAUACGCUCUUUUCCCAGUAUUAUAUAAUACUAAGCAUGAAGAUUAUAAUAACUCCAGUGUCCGUAAACAAACAUACAAGGAAAUGUCAAAUAUUAUUAAAUCUAAACAAACUAUAGAAUUCAGUGAUGACGACAUUUAUAAGGGGAUCUACUACUUACGUCAUUGGUAUUACAAACUAAAAAAUCGCCUUGAGAAAGAUUUAGCAGAAAAAGAUUUAUCAAGUGCAGCUCAAAUUUAUAUGAAAAAAUGUGCUUUUCUACCAACUAGAGCGCCAAAUUUGAAAUUGAAAUGUACGGAAUGUAAUAAAGUUUUCCAAAAUGAGACGACGCGACAAAGUCAUCUCUUUAGGGAGCACAAUAUCGGCGAUUGGCCACACAAAUGCACGGAAUGUGGACGUACUUUUGAAUUCAAAGCAACAUUACUAAUGCAUGAGCAACGCAGUCAUGUGGGAAAGGUACAUAAAUGUGAUUAUUGUGAAAGACGUUUUGCCGUACAAGUGGAUUUGCAGCGACACAUAGGUACGCAUACUGGUCAAAAACCCUUUGUAUGCGAAUUAUGUGGAAAAGCCUUUCGCAGUAAGACACAAUUGGGUUAUCACUCAGACGCCAUACAUACGAAAACAAGAGCUUACAAGUGUACAAUGUGCCCGAAAGACUUCUUGAAAGCACGCGAUUUGAAAGAUCACAUAAAGGCUCAUCUUAAUAUACGCGAUAAAAUAUGUGAAACAUGUGGCAAAGGAUUUACCAAUUGCCAUUCACUCAUACGACAUAGACAAAUACAUUCCGAAAUUAAAAAAUUCGCUUGUAAAUUAUGUGAAGCGAAAUUUCAUCAAUUUGUUGGAUUAAACUCACAUAUGAAAAGGACGCAUGGCAUAGUUAAAAGUCAACAAAAGUCCUAAAAUUAACUGACGUCGGAACUUCAUUUUAACAUGAAAAAAUGCGAAACAAAGUUAUGCCCAGAUUCAAUGAAUUCAUUUUUGAAGUGAAUUUAAUAGCGUGCAAUUAGUAACGAGCGUUAAUUAGAAAGUACCAAGCAAUUCAAACGUUAAUAUUGUAACCGAAAUUCAGUUCAUUUUUGUUUAAGAAUGAUAGCCUGUUCAGUUUUAAGGAGUUACCAUUAAUUGAGUUUCGCAAGGAUAUAUGAUUAGCAAUAUUAUUAAUAUUAUAUAUAAAAGCGCUAAAAUU